GGUAGGUUUGUUCUCCUCUCGCUGACGAAGAGGAAGUAGAAUAUUCAUCCUAGGGAAUGACCAAAAGUCGUGGGCAAAUCAAGACCAGUUUGUUUGUUUGUUUGAGUUGUUUCUCCACUUUUCGUCUUCAGCUCCUCGGCAGCUUUCAGAGAACUGAAGAUGAACCGAUUUUAUAGUGUCUGAUUUCGAGGACUGGAGGACAUCCGCUGUCCGGCUAAUCCUGCUAGCAGGCAGACAGUCUUAAUGAAUCAAGCCUUGAUAUUAAACAUCAUUGAAAGUUCAUCAGAGAGAUACACAUACACCAACUGCAUCAUGACCGAUGAUGUGAUGUUAAAUGUUCCAGUCAUCCGGCAGCAAUAUCACUGGGACUGUGGGUUGGCAUGUUCGAGAAUGGUACUAGAAUAUUUACAUCCAGUAAGUGAGGAGGAAUUCCAGAGAGCAUGUUUGGACUUGGAGUUCACAGAGAGCGUGUGGACUAUUGACCUGGCUUAUCUCAUGUGUAAGAUGGGAGUCAGGCAUUGCUUCUGCACACAGACACUAGGUGUGGACAAGGGCUUCAGGAACCAGUCCUUUUACAAAAAGCAUUUUGACACGGAGGAGGACAGAGUGAAUGAACUCUUUCUGAAGGCUGAAAGGAAAGGAGUCGUUGUGGAAAAAAGCUCUGUUACUGUUCAGGAGAUCCAGAGCCACCUGGAGCAGGGUAAUGUGGCCAUCGUGCUUGUCAAUGCAGUGGUGUUGGUGUGCGAGCUGUGCUCCACGCCUGUCAAAUACUGCUGUUUCCUCCUGGGUCAGAAGUGUUUCUGCAGGAAGCCAGAUUACCAGGGCCACUUCGUGGUGGUGUGUGGAUUUAACCGCAAGACCGGCAGCAUCUUCUACAACAAUCCGGCUUACUCAGAUCGUGUGUGCUGCACAAGCUUUAGUAAUUUUGAAGAGGCAAGACAGAGCUAUGGAACGGAUGAGGACAUUUUAUUCAUCUACAAAGAUGGCUGAGGCUUUCACAAUGACUUCUUCUGAACAAACAUAAAUUCGAAACGCACCCCUUGUAUCCACUGUGGUUGGCUGGGUAGCAUUCGCCAGCAGGUACAAGCACUGCUGGUCAAUAGCAGGUAGUAUGUGUCAACUCUGCUAUGGUCCUCAUCAGAGCUAUAGCAUCGCACAAAACAUUACUAUGGUGCUAAAUCGGUCACAGAAUGAUAGGUUAUGAAAUGUUAACACAGAAAGGAAAGGGAGAUGAAAUAAUUAUUUAGCUAAGCUAAGUAUAUGUAACUAAAUGUGGACAUAUAUUUUUUAGCUACACCUUGUAUGAUUUAUGUAGUAUCAGCUACUGUCACACAGUUAGAGGUAAAGGAAUGUAUAAAAUGUUGAUGUAACGACUUUCUCAAAUGUUUGUCUAGGGUAGCAGUAAAAAUGAAUGGGAUUAUAUAUAUUUUUUGUAUGUAAUUUGCCUCUAGUAAGACAGAGUCUUACUAGAGUAACUGUGUUACUGUGUAAGAAUAGUUCACCUUACUCACCUCAUGCCAUCCAUGAUGUGUAUUUCUUCUGCAGAACAGAAAUUAAGAUUUUAGAAUAUACAUAUAUAUAUUUUAGCUCUGUAGGUCCAUACAAUGUAAGUGAAUGGUGAACAAAACUUUGAAACUCCUAAAAGCACAUAAAGGCAGCAUAAAAGUAAUCAAUGCCUUCUGAAGCCAUCCAGUCUGUUUUGGGUGAGAACCAGACCAAAAUAAGACCAAAAUACACUUCCUAAUGCUUGAUGUCUUAUUGAUUACUUUUUCUUUUUCUUCCUUUGUGGUUUUUGGAGCUUCAAAGUUCAGACCACUGUUCACUUGCCUUGUAUGGACCUGCAGAGUUGAGAUAUUCUUCUAAAAAUAUUUAUGUUGGCAGAAGAAAGUCAGUCAUACACAUUUAGGAUGGCAUAAAAUGUUUGGGUGAACUAUCCAUUUAAGGGUGUGUAAUUAAACAUGAAUGAUUUAAAUUAUUGUGAAAGAGAGAAACAAUUUUAAAAACUCAGGUAACAUGUUAAAUUCAGAAUGCUAAAUUGUGUCCCACUAUUGGGAAAGAAACAUUUCAUAGGUGCAAUACAUUGUCUUGAUUCACUUCUCCGGGGAUUUCCUCAAGAACAAAAUCACCUGGAUGCCACUCAUAACCUCAUGUAAUGUAGCAAGUGUGAAUGUGGCUGCUUAGUGUUUGACUCUGGCUGAAUUGUAAACCUUGAUCAUAAAGUACACAUAAAGCUUGCACAACUAUCUUAAACUCGCACCAUUAUACGACUGAGAAAUUCUCUGUGUAAAAUUACAUUAUUACGUUUUAAAAUUCUAGUAAUUAUACUGUGUUGGUGUAAUUCAUAGUAGCCACACUAUAUGUUAAUGCCGCCAGAAGAGAAAAGGAACACCUCAUUCUGCUUAAUCUCAAGAGAUAUACUGUCCAGUGUUUUGUAGAAUAGAGUUGUGUGCCAUUUGAUAUAGUCAGUGGUGUGAAGGCUUUGCUGUUUGCUAUCUUGUAAACACA